AUGAAUUUGCAGCAGCUGCCUCACCGUAUUGUUAAUCUAGUGACAUGGAAUUCUCAGAUCGUUGGUCUUGUUCUCGAUGCUCCCGGUGUACUUCUUAUUUCUGCAAGUCCCCCAGGCUACUAUAGUAAACUAAUAGAGGAAUAUGAUGAUAUAGCAAUAUACAAACCAAAACCUUGUAUACCAGGUACUCAUCAAGUCAGUAGAAGCUUUGGACCUUGUAUGAUGUGUCCGCCUGGUUGGAAAAAUGAUGGUAGUGCUGGAGAGAUGUGUGUCAGAUGCACAACCGAUGAUACAUCAUGGUGUUUUGGCGCUGCUAUUAAUGAAACCAACGUGACAAAUAUCACAAGUUACGAUCAGGCGAAUCCUUAUCCAGAGUCGCCUAUUACAACAGAAUUCGGUGAUAUACUUCUUCAGAAUAUUUUUAAAUUGUCCAUCACGAAACUACAUUGUCUUCUGAUUUCACCCAUAUUCUGGACAUAUGUUGCGAUCGGCUGUGGGAUAAUCAUUUUUAUUAUUAUCAAACUUCUUUCAUGCCGUUUGAAAUCUAAAAAGCCACAACGAUAUCUUGAAAAAAUCUUGUGUCAUUGUGAUGUGAUCGGUCAAGGAAAGCACUGGUUCGGUGGACUGAUAUCAUUAUCACUACUUGUUCUCAUCACAUUUGCUUGGAAGUUCAGUAUAUCAUUUAGUUAUUUGUAUCCAAUAGAAGAAACAUCAUCGAAUGAGCGACUAAGUGUAUCAUGCGAUGAUUCACUAUUCAAUGCCAAACUCACCAGUUCAUUACAGUUACUAUCGACACUCAAACAUGAAGACGAGAAGCCAAUAUUUGACUUACUCAACAAACAGAAAAUCACUAUGAUUGUUCAAUUUAUUAGUACAGGUUAUACAUGCAAAGAUGUAUCACUGCAACAAAUUCGAGAUCGUGGACUUAACACUCCAUUCACAAAUUUCAACUGUUCAGAGACUAAUAAAAUAUUGACCAUUUCCAAACUAUUACCACAGCAUGUUGUCACAUUGCAAUUGACUUUAAAUGGGCCACAUUUUAUCGGUGGACUUCGUCUCUGUUUUUCAGCACCUUCAGCUAUAAAUGUCACUGCUCAUUCGAAGGUUCAACAAAUAGAUACUUGUAAAUUCUUUUUUACUUCAAAUGGAACUCUAACAAGAAAUCCGACAGUAAACGUCAAAAUGACCAAAUUAAUCAAUCAAACUGCUGGCUUGAUGAUUCCUAAUAAUACAACAUAUACAGGCCUUUGGCUACCUUCUUUCAUGGUCGAUACUCUCACGGAUGAACUACUCUUCUCGCUAGAUGCUGAAUAUCUUCGUUAUGUACCUGACGAAACCAUUCUAGUUGUAGUGAUAACUGAAUCUGAAUUCUAUAUGAAAAAUACGCAAGAACCUAUUGCUCGUCAUUAUGAGAUCGUGUUUAACACAAUUCUAUUUGCAAGUAAGACUUUAGUUAUAAUGACUCGUAACAAGGAUUGA